AUGCGCGCGCGCGCAUGCACCUGUUCCUGGUAAAGGGGAGUAAAGUUCAGGCUGGUCAAGAGGACAGAGAAAUGCCCCGGAGGAAGACGGAGGAGCUGGACGGCACGACCACGAUGACGAUGCCAUCAUCUGAGUCACCCUCCUCAUGCUGCGCGCCCUGCAUCAGUCUGAAGGACAGAUGUCCUCGACCUCAGGGACUCGUCAACCUGCUCAUCACUAAAGUCUGUUUGUUUGCUCUGCUGUUCGGAGUCGUCUGGUCCAUCACGGGAAAAGAGUGUUUACCUGGAGGGAACCUGUUCGGCAUCAUCAUCCUCUUCAUCUGCUCCGUGCUGGGAGGGAAGCUGGUGGGAAUGAUCCAGCUGCCCACACUGCCCCCCUUUCCUCCGCUACUUGGUAUGCUGCUGGCGGGUCUGCUGUUGCGUAAUGUUCCUUACAUAACAGACGCCAUCUUUAUUGACACUCACUGGUCUGCAGCUCUGAGGAACAUCGCCUUGUCCAUCAUCCUGACCAGAGCUGGUCUGGGCCUCAACCCUGAGGCUUUAAGUCGACUGAAAGCAGUGUGCGUACGUGUUGCAGUUGGACCCUGUAUGGUGGAAGCCUGCAUUGGUGCUGUGGUUUCUCACUUCCUGCUGGGUCUGCCAUGGGUUUGGGGUUUCAUACUGGGUUUUGUACUGGCUGCCGUUUCUCCAGCAGUUGUUUUUCCUUCAAUGCUGCUUCUGCAGAGAGAAGGAUAUGGAGUGGAGAAGGGAAUCCCCACCCUCCUGAUUGCCGCUGGAAGCUUUGAUGUUAUUCUCGCCAUAACAGGAUUCUCUACAUGUUUGGGAAUCGCCUUCUCUACAGGUUCUACAUGGAUGAACAUACUGAAGGGUCUGCUGGAGGUGGUGGGAGGCAUCGUAGCUGGUAUGAUCCUGGGCAUGUUCUUGUACUGCUUCCCCAGCAAUGACCAGGAGGAUCUGGUAUUGAGGAGGACCCUCAUGUUGCUGGGUCUGUCCACAUUUUCAGUCUUCACCUGUAAUGUUAUAGGUUUUGCUGGAGCUGGAAGUCUCUGUACACUGGUGCUGGCUUUCCUGGCUGCACUGGGCUGGAAGACUGAAAAGGCACCAGUAGCAGAAAUAGUUGGUCGGUCAUGGGAUGUAUUUCAGCCACUUCUCUUUGGUCUGAUUGGAGCUGAGAUCACGAUUAAAGCACUCAGCCCAAGUACUGUGGGUCUGGGUAUGGCCUGCAUUCUUAUUGGUCUGGUGAUCCGUCUACUUGUCACCUUCCUGUUGGUUCAUUAUGGAGGAUUCAACUUAAAAGAGAAGCUCUUCAUUUCUGUGGCCUGGCUGCCUAAAGCUACUGUGCAGGCUGCCAUUGGCUCCAAGGCAUUGGACAUGGCGAGGGAGGAAGGGGACGAGGCCUUAAUUAAGUUUGGUUUGGACGUGCUAACAUUAGCGGUGUUAGCCAUCUUGAUCACAGCUCCAGUUGGUGCACUGGGUAUCGGACUGGCAGGACCACGUCUCCUGGCCCGGCAGGUCAAAGCAGAAGAGACGGAAGGUGAAGCUACACCAUCUUACCUGUGAGAGUAUUACACCAUCUUAUCCACCUUAUACUUCUAAUCAAAUAAUUGUUGAAUCAUUAUACGGCUAUAGGCCACAUUAUGCCUUUGAUUAAAGGUUGUGAAAUCAUUACACUGUUUUAUGAUGCAUUAUACUGCUGAGUUAUAAGAAAUGCUGUUUGUGUAGAAUCAUGGCCUUCCUUUUCUGAUUACAAAGAGAACAGAACAUACUGUAGAGUUUUUCUGCCCCAUCUCAUCAGGAGGAGAUAAAACAGGAAGCCAAGGCCGUCACUUAGGCGUUGUAAGAUAGAAAGAAUGUGAGGGUUUAGGCUUUAUGGCCCUGAAGGGAGGGGGAAAAAGCUGUAAGAG